UUUUUUUGUUUUUUUUUUUCUCAUGACAACAUCUUUGUUGGACCUUCUCACAGGUCAUUGUCUGAAUGUCUCAAAAUAGAUUUUAUAUCAUUGCAUAAAGACCGACUGAAGAACUUAAACUGAUUUUCCUGCUAACAGCUGAGAAUGUAUGAUGGUAUUUUGGCAUGGUUAUUAUUUUCUACACUGGUUGGCCCCUGUUAUCAGAAAACAAUGUUCUAUUUUUGCUCCCUCAGUGAGUGGCUGCAUUUUGCUUUCAUUCUAGUAAAUCUUUAGUUAUGAGUGCACACCUUCCUGUCUACCUCAAUCCCUCCCAUCUCUCUCUCUCUCUCUCUGUUUCUCUCUCUCUCUCUCUCUCUCUCUCUACCCUUACUUUUUUGUCUGAGCACCAGAGCAAAGAAAACCGACCUGUUUGUCUUACUGAAACCAGGAAACCAAUCAAAGGCAAGACAAGUAGGAACAAAAAGGGUGAGUUGAAGAGAGAGAGAGAAGAAGCAGCUCUUUUUCCACAAUGCUGCAUGUAAAUAUACCUGCUCCAUUGACCCAGAGAUUGUAGGAUUGUUAUGCUGCUGAGAUAAAUCCCGGUAAGAAAAGUAUGGUGCUAAAGAGUGACUCUGUGUGUAUAGUAGAAGGGAGUAAAUGCAGGCUAAGAAGCAGCCGUAAAUGCUGCUUUUUCUUGUUUUGUCUACUUUACCAGAAGGUUGUGUAAUAGGCCUUACAUUCAAUUUUCUUUUCAAGUUCUAACAUAGAAACUAGAAGAGGACAGCAGUGCUUACUCUGGCCGUGGAACAACACCGGAUGCAGUUUGAAGAGGAUAGGAUGCAGCGUACUCAUAUCAACUUGAGGACUCUCAAAGAUUAUUGUACUGACUGCGUGUGUCGGUGUGAUCAAUCAGAAACCUGAAUUUUGUAAGCUUUAGCUCCACCCAUCUUCUGCUUAUCAGUUCACAUGCAUUCAAAACUGAACUUUGACAUCUCAUGACACAGUUUAAUAUUUAUGGUUAAACGCCCUCUUAUGCCGACGCAUACUGAGACGUGGACGUUUGAGGUACUUUUUGCUUCACUUCACUUUCAAACACACAACCGGGAUCUUUAUGGCAGAAGCAGGUCCAGGAGCCUCGAGGAGCACCAGAAUGAGCUGCAAACCCCUGACUGGUGAAGACCUACGGCUGAUGGAGAAGACCCUCAAAAGACUGGAAAGGCUUUCGGAUCUGUGUACGAACCCCCGCCUUGGCCUGCGGAACAGUCCGCCAUUUCUGCCAGAUCUGGUUCGAGAGACGCUGACUUUGCUCACGCAGGUCUGGCUGCCUUAUCAAGAUGUUAGGACAGGAGGAGGCCUGGCUCCACGAGGGGAUGAGGCGAGAUACAUGAGAAUCCAUAUCAGAAACCUGCUGGAUAAGACGGACCGGGCCAUUCUGCUUUUCAAAGAGGGCCGAGAGAAGAUAUUUGAUGAGACAUCCAGCUACAGGAGGAAUUUGACCAAACUGUCCUUGCUGUUCAGUCACAUGCUGUGGGAGCUCAAGGCUAUGUUUCCAGGGGGAUAUUUUCAGGGUGACACCUACAAAGUGUCUAAAGUUGAAGCAGAUGAAUUCUGGAGGAAAUAUUUUGGAACCAUGUGUAUAGUGCCAUGGAGAAGAUUCAAAGAACAGUUGAAAAGUACACAUCCAUUUGAGGAAGGGAUGGAGGCCAUGGCUCUGAAAUCAACAAUUGAUCUUACCUGUAAUGAGAACAUUUCAGUGUUUGAGUUUGAUAUUUUCACACGGUUGUUCCAGCCGUGGAAAUCACUUAUAAGAAACUGGAACCAGCUUGCUGUGACACACCCAGGCUACAUGGCCUUUCUUACUUAUGACCAAGUUGUAGCUCGGCUCGAACACUACCUGCACAAACCUGGGAGCUUCAUCUUUCGUCUGAGCUGCACCAGAAUGGGUCAGUGGGCCAUUGGUCAUGUGACCUCUGAAGGCGACAUCAUCCAGACCAUUCCACAUAACAAGCCUCUGUACCAGACACUCAUCCAAGGCUUCAAGGAGGGCUGCUACUUGUACCCAGAUGGCCGCGACAUGAACCCUGACCUGACAAGCUUGUGUGAACCAACCGGCAGAGACAAAGUCAAAGUUACAGAAGAGCAGUACGAGAUGUACUGUGAGAUUGGAAGCACUUUCCAGCUGUGUAAGAUCUGUGCAGAGAGGGAUAAGGACAUUCGGAUUCAGCCCUGUGGACAUCUCCUGUGCCAGCCUUGUCUCACGGGGUGGCAGAGGUCAGCUGGCCGCACCUGCCCAUUCUGCCGCUGCGACAUCCAAGGGACCGAGUCCAUCCUCGUCGAGCCCUACCUGAAAGUUGGCCGCGAGUGGGGAGAUGAUGAAGAUGAAGAUGAGGAUGAUGGUGAUGAUGAUGAUGACGGCGAGGAGGAUCAUGAGGACAUUGAGGUGAUGGUAAAGGAAAUGGCUGCCCUCCGGAAGUUCUCAAGUUUGGACUCCCAGAUCAACAGUUCUCACCUCAGAGCUCCACCUUUACCCCCGAAAAACGCCUCUACCUCAGACUGCCCAUCUCCUAAGCCGUUUAGCAGACAUUCUCACUCUUAUGAUGCGGCAUCUGAGAGACCAGAGGCGAACAGGCGCAGCAGCAUGGGCCGGACCUUCCAGUCCAGUCCAAGAGAGAAGACGCAAAGAGAUGGAGAGAGGCGUAGCAAGGCUCAGAAAAGACAAAACUGGCUUGGGAGAAAUAACAAGAACUAUGUCCUCCUGAUUGAAGAAACAGAACGGCAACAUCUGAAGUCUAGGAAAUGUUUAACAAAGAAGCAAGAGGGACCUGAGAUAACUUUUACAAUAAUAAGACUUAAGUGAAUGUAAAAAAAAAUACAAAAAAAAGAAGGGGGUUAUCUCAUGUCUGAAUGGCCAUGCCUGCUGCAAAUAGUUAUGGUCAGAAGUUUACAUCAGCGCUUCAUCAACAGGAAUAUGGUUUUCAUUGUGGGUUUUUCCUUAUUUGCUUAAAUUAUUUGUUAUUUUCUGGUGGACUGAUAACACACCAUACAACUGUAGUGUUUUUUUUUGAAGCAAGAAGUAGAUGCACAAGUUUAGAUUUAUUUUUGGAUUGUCCCUUGUCCUCUCAGUGUCAAGCAGGUAUAAAAAGGCUGAAAUAUUCACAU